AUGCCUGAGUUGCAGGAUGAAGAGAAGAAUCAAACGACAUUUGCUGGAUUCAUCCUCCUGGGUUUCUCCUCCUCACCAGACCACCAAGAUUUUCUCUUUCCCAUCUUCCUCUCUAUGUACCUGCUUUGUCUGCUAGGAAACCUCUUGAUAAUCUUGCUGAUCUUCUCCAGUACCAACCUCCUCCAAGCUCCUAUGUAUUUCUUCCUCUGUCACUUGUCACUGGCUGACCUGGGAUUUAGUUCUGCUGCAGUGCCUAAAUUGCUAUACAACUUAGCGACCCAGACAAAAGCAAUAUCCCAUAAUGGUUGCCUGACACAGAUGUAUUUCUUUGUGAGUUUUGCUGCCACAGAUAACUUCCUCCUGGCCUCCAUGGCGUAUGACCGCUAUGUAGCCAUCUGCCAUCCUUUGCAUUAUGCCAGGAUUAUGAGCUUCAAGUACUGCCUUCUGUUGGCUGCUGGUUGCUGGCUGCUGGCUCAUUUCCACUCUUUGUUGUACACCCUGUUGGUAUCUAAUUUUACCUUCUGUGCUUCUCGAGAAAUCCCCCAUUUUUUCUGUGACAUCCACCCUUUAUUGAAAAUCUCUUGUUCUGACACCUCCAUUGUUGAUAAGCUUCUUGUCAGCGAAGGGACAGCAAUUGUCCUUGGGCCUCUGUUUCUCAUUCUUUUCUCUUAUGCCUUCAUUGUCCUGAAGGUGCUGAAGCUUCCAUGUAAGUCCAAAAAGUACAAAGCUUUCUCUACUUGCAGUGCCCACCUCACCACUGUGGCUUUGUUCUAUGGCACGGUGAUAGGUACCUACCUCCGCCCCUCAUCUUCCUAUUCUGCCUCGAGGCUGAGAGUGGCAUCAAUAUUCUAUACAGUGGUCACCCCUAUUCUCAAUCCUUUCAUAUACAGCCUGAGGAACAGUGAGAUGCAUGCAGCCAUCAAGAGACUGGUAAGGAAUUGGUUUUAG